UAGACGAUAACGCUGGCUGAGAACCUAUAACUUAAAGAGCUGUUUUGUGCUUUUUGGCAACUCAUCAGUAUUGUUCACUGGUCUCACUGCCGAGUCAACUAAGUUUUUUGGAUAUUACAAUGAUGAUUUCUGCUGAAAAUUGAAGGAUAGCGACAACACUGUAUUCCAAGAUUACCUAGACUGAAGAUUAAAGCUUAUCCAUCACUGUUCGAAAGUAUAGAAGUAUUGAAGCACAUCCCGGAAGUUUCCGUACAAUUUAAAACUCCUAUUUUUAUGCUUCAUAGCAACCGUCGCUGUUAUAAAUCAGUUGUAUAGCUCAGCGUACGGAAGCAGCGUAAAAUACAAGGAAUGGUGGAAGGCAGGAGUAGCCUCCUCCCUAAACUACAUCGACCUCCGCACCGCCAACAAAUCAUCCCCCCUAACCCCCUACCCCAGCUGGGAGGCCAACAAGCUCCCCAAACAAGGUCAACAACCGCCCGAGAACCAAAUCGUCAGUGUGUUUCGUAGCUUCGUGGACACAUGCGAUCGUCUGUGGGUCAUGGAGACCGGAUUGGCGGAUAUUCUUGGGAGCCCACACCAGGUGUCGCCACCUGCGAUAGUAAUAUUCGAUUUGAACACGGAUAAGGUGCUCAGAAGGUACCUUUUGAAGCCGGAGGAUAUCAAAGGGGAUGAUUCGUUCUUUGCCAAUAUUGUGGUAGAUUUGCAACCCGGUAGGUGUGACGAAGCAUUCGCCUACAUCCCCGAUUUAGGCGGAUAUGGAAUAGUCGUAUAUUCGUUCAAGGACGACGAUUCUUGGCGAAUCAAACACAACUUCUUCCAUUUCGAUCCCUUGCAAGGCGAUAUGACAGUCGGGGGUGUCAAUUUCCAGUGGACUGACGGCGUUUUCGGAAUAGCUCUGGGAAAUCCUAACGAAAAUGGAGAUCGUACCGUGUACUUCCAUCCUCUAGCCAGCACAAUGGAAUUUUCAGUCAAUUCGCACGCCUUGAAGAAUAGAACUUUAGCUACGGAUCCACACAGCUAUGAUCUUUACAAGAUUGAAGGUACGAAAGGUCCAAAUUCCCAGACUUCCGAAUCUACAAUCGAUCCAAAAACAGAAGUAAUGUUCUUCACACAACUCCAGAAAGACGGAACUGCCUGUUGGAACGUCAAAACACCUCUGGAGCCUUCCAACGUCGGAAUGGUUGCAGAAGACACUGAAAGGAUGAUUUUCACAAAUGACAUCACUAUUGACUCAGAUCGCAACCUUUGGAUGUUAUCCGACAGAAUGCCUGAGUUUAUCUACCGGCGCUUGGAUCCAAACCAAAUAAACUACAGGAUAUUUAAAGUGCCAGUAGACGAAGCUAUAAGGGGUACACCCUGUGAUCCAAUGUACCAACAAAGUACCACAUUACGCAAUGCACAACAGCUUUAGGAUUAAAUUUGUAUUUGUAGUAUUUUUUGUUGUAUUUUAUAAAUAAAAGGUAGUUUUAAGACAA